AUGUCUGAGGCUAUUGUCUCUUUUGUUGUGCAAACGCUCACUGAUCUAUUGAAAGAAGAAGCCGAAUUUUUAGCCGGAGUUGACGGCCAGGUACAGGGUCUUCCGCAUGAACUUAAGAUGUUGCAAAGCUUGUUGAAAGAUGCAGAUGCAAGGCAAAUUGAAGACGACCCCGUCCGCACUUGGGUUGAAGGCGCUAGAGAAGUUGCAUAUCAUGCCGAAGAUGUCCUUGAGACUUAUGUUCUCCAAGUUCAAUCCAAGAGGAGGGGAGGUAUCCUAAACAUCCUCAAAAGGUUCGCUUGCUUAUUGAAUGAAGGUAUGCUCCUACACAAGGUUGGGAAAGAGACCCAAGGUAUUAACACCAGGAUCUCUCAACUCACCGAUCAGUUAGACAAAUAUGGCAUAAGAAGUACAAUAAAGGAAGGAGAAAGCUCAAGCUCUGCGCAUGAAAGGCAACGUCAGUUAAGGCGGUCUUAUUCUCAUGUUGUUGAGGAGGAUUUUGUUGGGUUGGAGAGAGAUGUUGAGAACUUGGUGGUUCAUUUGGUGAAAGAAGAUAGGGGCAAGUACGACCAAGUUGUUUCCAUUUGUGGCAUGGGGGACCUGAGUUAUGUUCAAAAAAUGGAGUUAGGGAGGAAAAUGGUUAAACAUUGUGGGGGUCUUCCAUUAGCUGUGGUUGUUCUUGGAGGACUUUUGGCCACAAAAGAGGCCUUGAGUGAGUCUUUAUUUGGGCAAUUUCGAGGAAGAUUCUGA